UGCGCAGACUUGCAACCAUCUGGAAGUGGAAUGAACAUGGCUGCCGCGUCAUGAAUGAACUUCGAGAGAUUAUUGGCGAUAGUUUCUCCAAUUUCAUCUCGAUGUGUGGGACACAAAUAUGUUCCAUAACAGGAGAGCCCAUCCGGACAUCAAGAAAACUACGCACAGAUUCAUAGAUCCCAAAAAGGAAAGCCAUAGUAGGCUGCGGGCACUGCGAACUCUGUUAGAUUACUUUGACUCGUCCGACUCCAGGAUAUUUUUCCAAAGCCAUUAUUCGGAGAUUUUCUACGUAUUUCACGAUGUGUUCUCCAUGGUUGAAGCAAAUCUCAAGACGAAAGGCCACAAGUCCCAAAGAGAAGACCUCGAUUCGGUUCUCUUCAUCUUAGAGAAAAUAUUGCUAUAUCUGCCCGAGCUAGUCCACAAGAGAUGGCAGUUCCACAGCUUAGGGAGGAUAAUGCGAAAGCUUCUACAUCACGGAAAUGCAAUUAAGCUGCGACGUGAGGGUGCUCGGCUGUUCAUGCUAUGGUUCCAAGUGUUACAGGACAACGCGGAUGAGUUCUGCCAACUUGUCUAUGCAUGUUUGAUUCCUGGUUUUCCAAAUCCUGUUGAAAAAAUUGACUGGAGUAAGAGUAAGCUGUCUAAAGCUAGUGCUGAGGAAAUAUGUUUAUCUAUCAGUGGCACUGGAUCAAGAGAUCAAUUUUUGUCUUCCAGCAACAUGCACUUGUCUUCUGAUAGGGAAAGUGAAGACUGGUGCUUACAAGAUGAUGUUGGACCAAUCUUCCCAGCAAAUCCAAAUGAAAGAAUUCCAGUUCCAGAAUCAUUGACAAAGUUCUUCCUGGACAGAGUCCUGGAUUGUAUGAGUACUCAGCUUGUCCUUGUUGAGUGGACAGAUACGAGAAAGAGAGAAUAUGCUUUCUACUUCUUAUUUGAAAGCUUCAAAAAGUUCUAUCUGCCGUACAUCUUCCAAGACUGGAAUCCAUCAAAAUUACUAUAUCAGUCCACCCCCGUUGCCCAGGUUCCGCGCAGUAAAUCCAAAGCAGGAGACACUAAAUUGGACACACGGAUGAACAGUGCCAGGGAAUCUGUCCUGAGAUGGUUUGUUGCCUUCACUGUCAGGUUCAGGAGAAGUGACAGCACCUCAGAAUCAUCCAAUGUCAAUCAAUCUGUUGUGUCAAUAUCUUCAACAGAAGGUAGCGAGCCACCUUCCCCAGGACCAGCAAGUGACCACAACAGGUUUAGUCCAGCUCGCAACAAAGAGUACUUACAAGAUGCUAGUGAAGUGAUCAGAAAGGUUUUGUACUCCACCAGGUCAAACAUACGGCUUCUUCAUGAGGUUUUGCGUCAGGGAUUUCUUCUUCCACCCAAACAUUUAAGCACUAUCAGACAGGUGCUGCUGGUCUAUCAUGAGUGGCUGAGGAAUCCUGAGAGACCUGUGUUCAUGCAAGAACCUGAUCAAGAUGCAUUUUCCUCCUUGGAUGUCGUAGACACAAACAAUUACAGUCCUCAAAGUCCCAUCAGAACUUUGUCAUAUUCUUACGCUGUAGAUAAAGAAAGAGAGAAAGUUUUCCGUCUACCACAUGAGGAUGUGAGAGCUGGUCUCCAGGCAAAUCUGAGGUUUUUUAUUUUACAUUCAGCUGCUGUGUUCCUUGUGGAAGACGAUACGUCAUGUUUGGACAAACAGGUUGAUGUCUGCAAACGAGUCAUCCAUCUGUUCCGCAGUGUCGUGUUAGAAGUUCCAAUGGAACCAAGCACUUGGGAACAGAUGUUAGAAGCCAUCCUUGAAGCAUCAAGACAUCUGUUAGUACCUGAAAUGUCACAGAACAAAGCUGGUUUGCUAGCUAGACAAGUAGCAGGAAGCUUACUCCAGACUCUCUUUGUAACAUGGAUUCGGGCAAACCUUAAAGUGAAUGUCCCGAUCUCAUUGUGGGACAAGUGUUUAGAAGUUAUGUCAUCAUCAACUCACUGGCGGGAAGUCAUCUCUGAGUGGAGUGUAACUAUGGAAACAUUAACUAGAGUCAUGGCAAGAACUGUGUAUGGACUAGACAUGGCAGAUCUUCCUCUAGAAAGACUUACAGAACAGAAACGUAAAAGACGACCUCAUGUGCAACAGGAGCGAGCGCAGUUUAACAAGGCAUCCUUCUCCCGGUGGAGUCGGAUGGAAAAACCAAACGUUCCGAAACAAAUUGUGUUGCCAGAAGAUAAAAUUGCUGAAAGUGAAAAAUCUGAUACACCAGCGUUGCAACAAGUACAAAAGCCAUCUGCAUUGACAAGACAGGAAGGUGUUCAAUUGCUGUCUAGUAGUUCCCCUAAAAACCAGCCAAAGGUGCCAUCAAAUGCAAGCAGUGUUUCCUUUUCCACAAGUACAUCAGGUGAUCACGAGGCUCCCUUGAGAAGCGUUGCAUCAUCUCCCACUGUCGCUGCAGGUUCAGUAACAGCCAAAGAAUCUGAGACUGCUGGUCAGCUCUCAAAAGAUGCAGUGCGUAAAGACAGCAAGGAAAGUAGCCAUGAAGAACAGAGGGUGACUUUCUCAUUGGCGAGUGACACAGAUAGUUUGGACAGCCUUGACAUGCAAUCAAAGGCUGAUCAGGACACUGAGGUGCAUGCUAAUGAGGAAUCUGAUAAACCAGUUGAUGCAACUGAUGUGGGACUGUUUUCACAACGGAUGAACCGCUUAAGUAGCAGUGACAGUUAUUUGUCAAGCCAAGACAAUGUGAAAUCAUGGUAUGGUAGCAGUCUUGACUUUGAUGUCAGCUCGUGUUCCAAGUACCCCGGUUCUGAAUCACCCAAGUUACUUGACAAGAUUAAUGAAUCAAGUCUUGAGUCUAAACUGGAGGAAUUGCACCUAGGUCAAGUUAAUCACCGAUCUAUGAAAAGAACUUCAACUCCAUCUCAUGAGGUCAGGUUGGAGCAAGGGGAGGUAGGCAAUGUGGAACCCCUGUCGCCAGUGAAAGAGGAGUUUAAUCAUGAUAUGGGAGGCCGGUCCUCUCCGGAAUCAUCUGGAAGAGAAACUCCUGACGACCUGGAAGCAGGGUCAAGAAGUCCAUCCCCUGAGGCGCUCCUAGAGGAGCCCCAUGAGGAGCUUCUUGAUGAUGACUUUGUGGAGGAAGACCCUCAUGAAGAAGAUACUAGUGUAGUGGCCGGAGGUUAUAGGGAAGGGUGGGGCCCUGUGGCGGCAGUUGUCUUGUGGCGCAGAGUGCUGGGAAUUCUGGGCAAUGUGAAUAAGAUCAAAGACCCUGCCAUCCAUGCUAAAGUGCUGGAGUGUCUUACGUCAAUCUGGAACAUGCUGGCAAAGAUCCGAUUAAAUCAAGGCAUCUCAGUGGACAACAAGUCAACUCCACCCAUUCCUGUUUUGCUUCCUCCUCUACAGCACAUGGCCACGUGGGUGUUUGAGGCUGCUUCCUUGUCCAUUAAUAAUGAAUUUAAAAGUGGUCGUCUUCUUGCUUACAAACUGAUGUGUGCCAUGACAGUUUGCCGUCAAGAUCUACCACUCACACAGGAGUACUUGACACACUUCUACCGUCUGAUGCACAUUGGACUCACAGGAACUGAUCAGGAUAUUAUAAGUGCCAUUGUUAGUCGCUGUGCACAUUUCUUCUCUGUGAUGCUGCCAAGUUCCAGUCUUUUGAUCCUUGACUUCAUUCAGGCAACUAAUGGGGUUAUUGUCAGUCAGAACAUGGAGCUUCCAAGAGAAGAGGCAGUCACCUUGAUUGGAUCACUGUUGUGUUUUCCAAACAAUGUUCCUAACAUGCCUCUUCACCAGCCUGGACAUCAAACCAAUGAGUAUCAACACAAGAGCACGGGUAAAGACAUCAAGGAUAAACUUGUUGGUUCCUUGUUACGUGCCUCAAAAUUAGACCCGUCGUGUUCUGCAAGGUGUACAGCCCUGAACGCUCUGGGUGUGUUCAUAGUUGAAGAGCUCAUUCACUGUCAAGGACAUCCCAAAGUACAUGACUGCAUUUGUGUUCUUUUGGCCUCCAUCACUUUUCAUAACAGAUCCGUUUGUCACGUGGCCUGUGACGUCAUUCAUCUUCUAUCUGAGUAUUACAAGGAACUCUGCGUGUUUGACAAAGACCUUCCUCUCAAGAUUGUCGAGGUUCUUUGUCACGCCGUUGUAAAUCUGUUACCAGGAGGAGAAUCAGCUCACAUCCAAGAACAAAAUAAAGUUUUAGCCUCUGUCCUCAUGUGCCUGCUAGAUUGGCUGAUGGUAAUACCUGUUUCGAAGUUAUUGUCAAAGACAAACGAAGACGAGAAUGUCAGCAUACUCGCAAGAGUGUUCCAGGUGUUGAAGAUGGCUGCAUCAAACAAGGGACCCAAGAAAAGAACCAAACAGCUGAACAUAUCUACCAUUAUCAGUGGUGACGGUCGGCCCAUCAGAUUAGGACGGCUGCAGGAAGGCGACAGAAUGUCAAGCACUGUACCCGGCAGCCCUGUUGAGACUCAGCCAGACAGUGGAGAAGAUGGUAGUAUAGCUGAUCCAGGCGGACAAGACACAUUUGACUUUCCACCCAGGUCGGAUUCUGUGGAGUUAACAGCACGAGCAGUUUUGAUGCAUAUGGUGAACCACAUGGGCCACUAUCCACUGGGAGCUGGUCCGUCCAGAGUAGACAGUUUAAUUAGUGAACAUGAAGAUAACCCGGAUGUAGAAGCUGACGAGCUGUCGUCUUGUAUCUUCAAUGCUCCUAAUAUACAGUUUUUCGUGUUAAACGACAGCGUAUUGAUAUCAUUGGUUGAAUUGUCACUGGAGGACUCGCCUGACUCAGUGGUGAACCAAGUUCCUGCGAGUACCGCAGCCACUCAAUGUCGCGUGAUCACACGUGACAUGACGGGAAAAAACGUCUGGGACUACACUUUAUUACAUGGGUCUUGCUCAACGGAAACGGAAAAUUACCAGCAUAGUGGAACGACGGCCGACUUAAUUGAUGGCAUUCUUAAUCAAGAACAUCGAAGCCAUACAGGAUUUCAAAAUGCAUCAUCACACCCGCUCGUUAAAUUCAAGAAGACUUCAACACCAGUCGCUGAAGAUAGACUUGAUGAUCUCCUUUGUAGCAUUGGAGCGUCCAGCCAAGAAUGUCUAUUGUACCCAGACCACUCUCUGAAUGAGCCUGGCCCCUCCCCUGAGAGUUUGUUAAGUGACAUGGAGUUUGACGUCAUAGACUCUGUCCUUGAGCAGAACACCAGCGAGAGGAAACGAGUGGAAAACGACAUAACGGAUCCCAGCCUGUCGUCGCUGGCAUCCAGUCCUCCCCCUUAUGAAGUGCCUCAGUCGCCAUUCCAGUUGUGCCGGUUUGUAGUCAGUCAAACCGGAAUGAUGACCUGGGAGAAAAGAACCAAAAUUGAUCUUUUGAAGAAGACUGACCGUUUCUUGCGAGAGUUGAAGAACCUGGACAACAGACGGUGUCGCGAGACGCACAAAAUAGCUUUGGUGUACGUUGCCCAGGGUCAAGAAGACAAGACUUCAAUCAUGUCCAACUGUGUGGGCAGUGAGGAAUAUGAACGCUUUGUCGCAGGUCUGGCGUGGGAGGUGGACUUGUCCAAACACACUGGAUUUCUGGGUGGACUGGAGAGGAAUCUAUCAACUGGUACCACGGCGCCGUACUACUGUACAUCUACUGCUGAAGUGAUGUUUCAUGUGUCUACCAGGAUGCCUUUGCCUUCUGAUAACACGGAAUUCAACAGAAAGGUUCGUCAUAUUGGUAAUGACGAGGUUCACAUUGUGUGGUCCGAACACUAUCGGGAUUACAGACAUGGUAUCGUCAACACUGACUUUGCUCAUGUCAUGAUCAUCAUUUAUCCUUUGAAGAAUCAAUUGUUUAGAAUACAAAUCAUCAAGAAGCCCAAGGUGCCAAUGUUUGGACCGUUGUUUGAUGGAGCUCUAGUUGACAGAAAAGUCUUACCAGCCCUGGUUAGGGCGACAGCUAUCAACGCUAGCCGAGCAAGUCGAGAACUUCUUCCUGUGUAUGAGAGAUACUAUGAAGAAAGAGCGGCUUGCAUUGAACGAAUCGUCAAGAAUCAUAAAGAACCCACAACUUACGAGGACUUCGCCUCGCUGGUCUUCUGUCCCGUACCGAAACCCCCGGGAAGUGAGCCGCCCACGCCGGUGUUGUCAGGCGGCGAACGCCAUGAAAUCUUGCGCGCGCAGACGGCCGCUACAGCUAGUUUAUCUGACAGUGAGAAGACAUCCGCUCGUCAUCGAUCCAAAAGUGCCGUGACAUCUCCAAGAAUCUUAAGCAAUAAAUUAGUCUUGGAGGAGGACAUGUCGCCACUGACGUCUUCUCUUCCGGACGGUCUUGACAACAUGGCGGGUUCACACUCGGCCACUGACGGGACAAACCCUCGACAGGACAAGAAGAGGCUCUCAAUAAGAUGGCGAAACAAACUGGCUGGCCAAAAUGCCGCUGCCGCCGCAGACAGCGACUAAAAUGACUUGCCGGAAUCUAUUUUAUUGCGCUCUAAUUUUGUCAUUGAAAUCUGGAAAAUUUUAAGGAAAAAUUUAAGGUAUAUAUAUAUCUCUAGAUAAUAUCGUGAUGUUGGAACUCAUUCUAAAGCAAUGCCACUACUCUUGGGAGAAAUUAUGAUUUGUUAUUACUGACUUAUAAGAAAAUAAUGUUAUGAAGUGGACAAAAGGAUAAAUAUCAUAUUCAUGCUUAAUCUUCGCGCCGUGUUUUGUGCAGUUGUUAGCUUUUUCCAACCAAGACACUUGACGUGUCGUUGGCGGAAAAAGAAGCGAUAACGAUUUGCAAAACUAAAAACUUUAGGUCGCCUCUUGUUGCGGUGUUAAGUAAUUUUUCAUGUGUUUUUCUUAAGGUACUUUUGUGUUCUUAAUUGUGGCAGUUGUUUUUUGAAGACAGGGCACAUUAAACAAUCUAUCCUUGGCGCCAGAAAAAUUAACCGAAAUUUAUUGCGUUUAGUAUUGUCAACGCUUUGGGACUUAGUUCGCGUAUCGACGUAUUAUAAUUGUGCAACGCCUACGAUUGUAGAAGGUAAUUUAAGGUUACAUAGUCCAAAAUAUACCGUCAGUGAUGCUGUGACGUUUGCAGAACUUAUUCUGUCACAGCCCUCAUCUAGGAGUAGAAUUUAGAGAAAUGCACUAAUUUUCUCUGCUUGUCAGAAGUGAAAUAAGUUUUUUUUUGCAACAUUUCUUGCAGCCUUGUGCGAAAAUCGUAAUUAGAAGAUUACUUUUUUUCCCUCUAAAUUCAAGUGUAAUGUUACUAUGCUCGGAUUAUUCUUUACACGAGCAACUUUGGUUUAAAUGAUCUUUCUUUUUUAUAGAGCGAGAAGCAUUGCAAGAUUAUUUUUAACAACCCGUGUAUUGAGAAACUUUCCAGGGUCUGCUUUGUAAUAAUUAAGUUUCAAUAGAGUGUUUAUAUUUUAUAAGAGAGAAUUGUAUAUACGACUAUCAAACCGAAUGAUUCAUUGGAAACAUUCUCAAGUUUCUCCGUAAAUUAUUAUUCCUGAUGUAACUGGAAGUGCUUAAAAAAAAAUAAAAUUACAGAUGUAAGUA